CGGCGGUGUGUGUGUGCAUGUGUGCGCGAGCGGCUGUGAGGCGGCGGCAGAUGGAGCGGGACGUGGUCGGGCGACUGGCGCUGCGGCUCGGUCUGCAGGCCCGUAAUGUCGUGGGGAAAGCAGAAGAGUACUUGCGCUUGUCUGAGGUGAAAUGCACAGGGUUUUCUGCACACGUGACAGCAACAAGUGGCGCCGCAAUGUGUCUUGAUCUUGCAGCAACUUCACUUAAACAUCCGCUUGAUAAAGAUUUUAUCAUUAAGCUAUCUGGAUUGAACAAGACAGUUUACCAGAGCCAUCUGAAAGCCUUGGAAAGUAUCCUUGGUCUUCAUACUCAGCUAGGAAUCCGAGAUCUGGCAGUGCAGUUCGGCUGUAUCGAGGCAGUGGAUGCAUCCAGUAAAAUACUGCAGAGAUAUGAAAGCAGUCUGUCAGAAGCUCAACAAGAUGAGCUUGAUUUCUCAAAGCCCCUUUUCACUACUGCGGCUCUAUAUACUGCAUGCAAAUGUUUGAAAAUCAAGAUUGAUAAGAUCAAGCUUGUUGCUUCAUCUGGUGUGAAGAAGGCCAUCUUUGAUCGACUCUGCUCUCAGAUGGAAACGUUUGGGAAAGUUGUUUGCAAUGAAUCUGCUGAAAAAUCUAAACAGAAUAAAAGGCAGAGGACAUUCCUAGAAUUAUUAGAAAAGGAGGAAGAUGAAGAACCAACAGAACCCAAACGGGAAAAAGCCGAACCCGAAGUCACAAAAAAACAGGAUUAUGAAGACUGGAAAAAGCGAAUUCUAGAAAAUGCAGCCAAGGCCAAGAUGAUGAAUUCUUAGUUUCUCAACUUGCGUUCAGCUGGAAUGCAGCAAUUUUACAUGGAAUAACCUACUGGGUAUCAGGGAAGAUGCCGAUUGUUUUAUGACUGUUGACUACAUUUUAGAAACCAAGCUUUCAAACUAUGACCACAUAACUUGUGCAAUCCAGUCUGUGGAUAGGUUGGCUCGCUUCAAUUACAAUCAUCGUCAGGAUACGUAGAUUAAAGGGACUUGGCAAACUUUGCAGUUGUGGUUUCACUGCUCAAGGAAUCUGUGUAAGGAAGACUUCAGAUCCAUCUCCUUCUGAAAAAUUAUCUUUACAAUUUUAAUUUGCCUUGUGUGCUUUUUAAGAGCCUGCCUGAUUUAAUAUUAUUCCUUCAGUUUUAUUGAUUUUUCAAAUUAUGUUUUAAAUUUAAUGAUAUUUUCAGAGAAAUAAAAUGGUUUAUCAUGUC